GUUGAACAACUGGAAAGAGCGAAAGAACAACAGCAGCAUCAGAUGAAAGAGGAACAUGAGCUUCACCAGUCUACGUCAGCUCAAAAGAUGGACCUGACAUGUUCCCACCCAUCCAGUGUUUCAGUGCAUCAGUCCCAUUCAGCAGCCGUUGAUGUCAGAGCCAGCAACAAGAGUAGGAAAGGAGAUUCAGAACUCAAGGAUGAGCUGACUGUUCCACCUCCUUCAUUCCCUAAACCAGGGAAGCCAGGGCCAAAGCUCAUCCGCAGAUACAGUGAGCAGGUAAAUGGAAAGAAUUUUAAACAUUCUUAUUUCACUUUUGUCAAUUAUUUAUUUAUUUAGGCAUUUUUAUAUAGCGCUUACCUUAAAGCUCUAAGCGCUUUACAAUUAUUAAAAACAUGUAAACUAAGUAAAAUAAAAAUGAGACACUAGGAUAGUAACUACUAUACUAUAGAAACAAUUAAAAUGGCUAUAAAAAUGAGGACACUUUGGCACGUUUUGCUGGGCUGAGUUUGAUUUAAAUGCUUAACUCUUCCUCUCCGGAAUUAUUUUCCGCAUUCUGACGAAUUAUCAAAUUUUGCAUAUUUGUUAGGCACUACUAUGCUAUCUCUAAACCAUCAUAACUUGUUUGUUUUUCAUCAGAAAAUGUUAAGUUUAAAGGAGAAUGUAUGCCCUUUACAAUCAAACCAGACUUGGGUUUAAAUUUUAAUAUAUAAAAAAUGUGAUUGUUAUUUCAGGAAAAUAAAAAUUAAAAAAGAACAACUUACUGUUCACAAAACGCUCAUUCCAAGUCACACCAAGAGAAAUAUAUAAUCCAAAGUGUAACAAAAAUGUUUUUUUCUGAACUAUAUCCAUAUGUCCAUCACAUAUAAUAAAGAUCAACUUUAAAAAAAGAAAAAAUUAAACACCAGAGCACAUUAUCCAUUGUCACCAUCGCACAAAAAAUUUGCAAAAAAAAUUUAACUAGUUCCACUGGAAACAAUGUGUUGCUAUUAUAAAAUAUUUGCACUGUAUUCUUGUAUGUACUAACAUUUAUUAUGGUAAAUGGAAAAUUUACCAUACAUUUUUCAUAUCUUUUCAUUUGGGUUUAGUUUGGUAAGCCUAAAAACAGUCAAAAUGGAUGUGCACUUUAGCAAGGGCGGGGCUCGUUGUUUAUCAGCUGACGAAUUACCAAUUUCAUUAUUUCGUCUCUAGAACUACUAAUACUAGUACUAGGAUUAUAAUCAUACAAUUCAACAGAAUCAGCCUCUGCAUUUGAAAUCAUAUAACCACUGUCUGAAUCAUCAUCAGAGUAAUAUUUUCAACCUUUAUUAGAGCGAUCACCAAAUGGGUCAGGUCAAAAUUUCAUGUUUGUAAACAAAAAUAAAAUGGACAAUCAAAACAACCGCUUCAAAAACUUCGUUCCCUGUAAAACCUCGUUCAAACACAGAAAAACCGGAUGUUUAUAGAAUUGAUUUAAAAUAUAUAAAAACCAAUAGCUAAGAAAAGAACCGAAAUAAACAGGUUAUUAUACAUCGAAGAUCCCAUCGUCGAUACGCAAAAAUCUUCAUUUCAAAUCGACGAUGGGAGCGUUGUUCCGGAGAGAAAGAGUUGAACCAAAACUACUAUAUUACGAUAUGAGGAUUUGUGAUAAAUGUGAGGAUUAGUGAUACAUUUGAGGAUUAGUGGUAAAUAUGAGGAAUAGUGAUACAAAUGAGGAUUAGUGAUACAUUUGAGGAUUAGUGAGAAAUAUGAGGAAUAGUGAUACAAAUGAGGAUUAGUGAUACAUUUGAGGAUUAGUGAUAAAUAUGAGGAUUUGUGAUACAUAUGAGGAAUCGGGAUACAUUUGAGGAUUAGUGAUAAAUUUGAGGAUUUGUAAUAUUAAAUGCUUAAACCACAUCAGAAUUGACUAUUAAUGGUUACAAAUAUUUAAACUACAUAUUGAAGGAUAUUAAGGGUUAUAAUUACUUAUGCUAUGCAUAUGUUUUGAAAGAUAAUAUGCAAUGGUGGAUGAUAGUGAAUAGAUGACCAAUCACAGACACAACCACCAUUUAACAAUGUAAUGAUUUUGUAGUGACUAUUCCAGACCUGCUUGGUCUUACGAUUUUGGCUUUCAAUGUAUGAUUUUGAGUUGUAUACAUUAUAUAUACUGUAUGUUUUUUUUACUAUAAAUAUAACGUAUGGAUCGAUUUUGUCAUGAUAUUGUACGAUUUUAAGAGUUUUAGGAUAAACAGGUUUGCUAUUCACUUUGAAGGCUGGGUAAUAAAUUUGUUAUUGUAGGUCAUCACUCACCAAACCAGGCCACUGAAUAAGAGAAACUCCAUAGAUAUUCU